GUUAAAGUGUCACAUGGGAGCGGGUGGUAUUAUCAGCCCGGGGCUCCAGAGAAACAGUGUGUGAGGGAGAAAAAAAAACACCGGGAACAAAGAAAUCCGAGUCUGUUUAAAGAGAGAGAGAGUCAGUCUGCUCACCGCACUCUGCUGCGCCAAAAGCCAGCAGCGCGGCUCCGCACGGUGGUGAGGAUGCGGACUUCCCUGCUCAUGUGCUGCUGCGUCUUUGCGCUACAGAGUUUCCGCAGCAUGGUUGGUUUCCCGGUGCGCACUGGCAGCAGGUUCAAACCGGCCUUUGAGAAGUUCCCUGAUCCGAGGAGGAGAGGAAAGCUUCCACAUACUCAGGACCUGAUGAACGAAGCGAGUUUGCCCUCCAACACCUCGUGGAAGCGACCUCGCUGCGGCGUUCCGGACUUCCCCGCCCAAAAGGACUUCAGUUAUCAAGGGCGAAACCGCCAGAGACGCUUUGUGCUCCACGGAGGACGAUUCGAUAAGAGGGACCUCACCUACAGGAUCGUUAGGUUUCCCUGGCAGAUGGGCGAGGAAAAGGUACGCCGGGUUUUCCGGGAGGCAGUGAAAAUCUGGAGCGAUGUCACACCUCUCACCUUCACUGAGGUCCGAAGCGGGAAGGCCGACAUCCGUAUCGACUUCACCAGCUAUUACCAUGGAGAUAACCUCCCGUUUGACGGCCCGGGUGGGAUCCUCGCUCACGCUUUCUUCCCCAAAACUCACCGACAAGGCGACAUUCACUUCGACUACGAUGAGUCGUGGACUCUGGGAAACCACAUGGGUACAGACCUUCUGCAGGUUGCUGCCCAUGAAUUUGGGCAUGUCUUGGGCUUGCAGCACUCACGGAAGCCAAAAACCAUCAUGUACGAGUACUACUCCUUCUUCUACCCGCUGAAGCUGAGUGAAGAUGACAAGCAAGGCAUUCAGUAUCUGUAUGGAGCUCAACCUCAAGUCCAAGUACCCCCGCCCACCUCUCCUCCACCUCCUCCGCCCCUCUACCCUGAGACCAACGACAUUCCUCCCGACGUCUGUGAGACCGGCUUUGAUGCGGCCUCUAUGAUCCGGGGGGAGCUGUUCUUCUUUAAGGCGGGGUACGUGUGGAGGAUCAGGGACCCUGCAGGAUCUAAGCAUCUGGAGAGCGGGUACCCGGCCCUGGCCUCCCGCCACUGGAAGGGCAUUCCCGAGAAGAUCGAUGCCGCCUUUGAAGACAAGUCGGGAAACAUUUGGUUCUUUAAAGGUCAGAACUUCUGGGUGUUUGAUGCCGAGAAGCACGUCAGAGGGCCUGAGUCCAUCAGGACAUGGGGUCUGUCCAUAUCCAGGAUCCAGGCUGCACUUCGCUGGGGUCACGACUCCAACUACAACACCUACUUCUUCAAGUCGGGUAGUUACUGGAGGUUCGACCCCCGCCAGAACCGGGUCGAGUCCACCCACCCGCGCAGGAUGCAGGACUGGAGCGGCAUCCCCAACGACGUGGACGCUGCCUUCAGGGACAUCCAUGGCUACGCCCACUUUAUCCGAGGACGCCAGUACUGGAAAUUCGACCCGGUUGGGAUGAACUCGUUGGAAGGCUACCCACGCUACGUCGGGGUGGAUUUUUUUGGCUGUGAACACGAGUGAUUCUGUGGAGAACUGAUUUCUUGUUAUUAAAACGAAGAGGAGAAGUUCUGGACUAAAGACUGAAGGUGCACGACGACGAGACGUUCUCCUGCUAAAUCAGCUUCACUGCAUGUUCUCGUCUUCUCGGGAAACCACAUGACCUUCCCUCAGGUUCAGCAUCUCCGUGUGCGUCUCCACUACUAUUUAUUUUUGCACAUAUCUGGACCCCUCCCCCACCCCGUGGUCAGUGUUAGAUGUUUUGUUCUCGUCAACAAAAAACCUUGAGUGACUAGUGUAACGUGAAAACAUGCUGCAGCUGCACAAAUCACACAAUCAUGUCAGCUUCUAAUCGCUCCAGGAUUUUUAGGAACUAAUCCUAACUCAGCCGGAUUAACAAGUCUGAUCACAAACAUCACAGCUUUCUAAUAGUUUUUGAUGAUGCUGCAAAAAAUGUGUUUAUAUUUAAAUAUGUGCACACACACACACCGAUUGAUGUAGUCCUUUAGCAGCUCUAGCAGCAGCAGCAUCUAUAACAGAACUUCCUUUAGUCCUUCACAAUAAAAGUCUCAAACUUACAGAUGCAUCUCUACACCCCAAAAGCUGAAUAAAUAUUAACCCUUUACGAGACAAAAGGAGUAAAAUAGUAGAGACGCUAUAAAGAUGAGCAGUCAUGUGACCCAACAGAUGGAUUUGGUUUUGCUCCGUUUUAUUUUGUAGUCAACACUAAUUGCUCCGCCGCAGAGUUCCCUCUGAGUUCUUCUUGUUGUCAUGUGAGGAAAAGUCAAACCGCAGCAGCAGGUUAGCUAACCCGGGUCCUGCUGCUGCUCCUCACGCAGAAACCUUCAUGCUAGGUGGUUGGGGCAACACACACUGAUUUUGCUGUAGAUGCUAAUGAGCGCGUGUCAUUAGCAAUUCCCAGCACUGCGUUGGACGUUCCAUCUCAUUCGGAAUUCUGUCCGAUGGACACAUCCUGGAUUCAUUCACCCGAUUCAUUUAAUAAGCAAAUAGGAUUUACCUAGAAACCCGGAAUGCCAGGAGUUUGAUGCCGAGGGCUGAUAACGGGCGUGGGACCUUUAUUCACUUUUGAAUAUGUUUAUUAUUUAUGUGUGAUCAUCUUGACUGGUUCAGAGGUAACAGGCUAACUCAGGUGUUGCGUAAAAACAGCAUUUUUAACGUGUCCUAAAAGUUUAAUUCAGUCCUCGUGUGGACACAGGAAUUAUAAUCAGGUGAUACAUGUGUGUUUACACACACACACACACACACACGUGUGCAUACGCAUUUACACACACACACACACACACACACACACACUUCUCAUUUAACCAUCUGUGGGUUCGAGUAUCUGCUGGCAUGUUGUGAUGUCACUCUUCUCACAUGCUGGAGAAGCUGCAGGGCGCCACCUGGAGAGCGAUGUCACCCUGCAGCCUUCUGAUGAAGUUACUCCUCUUCAUCAUGGUGCUUUUUUAAACAGUGAGACGUUCAGGGACAGCAGCAAUGGUGGGGAUCAGCAGCUCUGUGCCACAAAUGUAUUCACAUUCAUUAAAAGUCCAAAGAGCCAGAUUUAACUUGGAAUCUGCAGGUUUGAGGAAACUUUCUUUGGGAACCACCAUGUUGGAGCGAUGUCCAUAAAAAAACUUCAGAAUAUGGAACAAAACUUAAGGAUUCUGGCUGCCUAGACACAAACCCUGUUUCAUGAGUCUGACUAUCAGCAGGAGCCUGAAUGCUGUUAUGUUACGCCCGGUGAGCGGGUCCGGGUGGAGAACCCCUGCUCCAGCUCUGAAGGCUCCGCUGGGAUCAUCACAGGUUUUUGUUUCAGUGCGGGACGCUGAUGAGUCUUUUCUGCUCCCAACACCUUAUUUAUACACCAACAGCAGAUUGUUGUACAUACAUGUCUGACUUUCACAUGUAACCCUGUAACCUGUAUAAAUGUAUGCACUGUGCCUUUUAGCUUGUUUUUAAAUUACGUUCAAUAAAUAUUUUGUCUUUUUUCAAA